GCCUAUACUCGAUAACAAUUUUAAGUUUAUUGCCCGCCGUUUACGAAUUAUAUUUUGUGUGUAUAAAUCGAAGCAUUACACCUUCACAGUAUGGAAAAAGGCUACCGUCAAGCAAAUUUUGGAGGGGAACGUAAAGCGAAAGUGGAUGUGUCCAAUCUUCCAUCGCUGUUACAAGACUGGCUGCACCGUAUGAAGUAUUGCCCUCGUCUUGGCUCUUCAUAUCCUACUGAGGAAGAUCUGGCAAGUUUGUGUAAAGGUCCAAUGGUUGGAAUUUGGAGUUACCUCAUACAGCAUGUGCAUCACACAGAAACAGUAAAUAAUGUUAGAGGUAACCUAAAACUACAAGCACAUCUAUCGUCUGACCCUGCUUGUGGUAGUCACUUGAUGGAAGAGCAGAUAGAACUGCUGAAACACAAGUCUCGGCUUGACAGAGAGAUAGCAGGGACAUUGUCGGCGACUGAGCUCGUUAACAAGCAUGUGAAACAACUCAACACAGAAAUUACGAACACAGAGAAGCUUUAUAAGAAGCAAUGCUGUCAGAUCAAGGAGAGCCGGCAGCGUACAGCUAUGCUCUCGGCUCGCAUAUCACACUGGGAGUGUGAGAGGACGCGAUUAACCGAACUAGACACACAGCUUACAGAUCUAAUGACCCUGGGUCAGGCUGGCAAGAGAAUGAGUUCCGGGGGUGCCAAAUAUUAUACUAAGAAGGGGAGCAUUGCAGAAGAAGAGACAGACCUGCACCUGGAGACGGCUGCAAUGAAAGAUGUGAGGGAAGCUUGUGAAUUACUUCAGAACAUUCUAUCCAAGGACCUGCAAGCAGCUUCACUGGAUAAAACAAUGGAGGCGGGUCUAUGUCUUCCACGGAUGGAGCAGGUUGAUGCUGCUGUAGAGAGGUUGCUUGCUGACCACAGCAGUGAGGAAGUCCUCACAGCGAUGAUCCAGAAUUGUCGCAGCUCUGCAUGUCAGCUUCAGCAGAGAAUCGAACAUGUCGAUCCGAAGAAAGACCUGGAAGACGUGAAGAAGAAGCUGGGCAAUGGAAAACUGACAGAAAUGCAUCAGAAACCAUGUAUAAAACAAAGUGUUCAGGACUUACUGCAGUUAAGUUGUAUGGAGCAUAUUAGAAGACACGCAGAGACAAGACAGCAUGUUGCCAAAGCCUGCAGGACACAGGAGAGUUUGCAACUUAUUCAGUUUUGCAUCCAGGCCUUGCUGAUAAAGAUGUUCAAAGCUGAUACCGUUGCUCUGUCUUUGGCUCAGAAGGUGAUCAGUACACAGUUGAGUAACGCUGCAGAUGUAGCGUGCCUGCAAUACCUGCAGCAAGAAGCCAAGCAUUACCAAGAGACAGCCGAGAAGGCAAAUCAGCACAACAACGAAUUGAAGCAAAAGUAUGAAGCUAUACAGGGCUUCAAGGCUAUCGUGGAGAAGAAGCAGCGGCUUAUCAACGCGCUCCUGCACAGGAAUGGCAGCAUGAAGCCACGGCUAGAGGCCCUGAGGAGCGAAAACCUGAGCUUCGUGAGGACGAACCUCCGUGUCGCCAUGGCAACCGUCUCCGAGCACGCCUUGCAGCUGCAGAAGUCGCUGUACGCCGAGACAGACCUGUUUGGUGUGCUGCGAUUACCGUUGCUAAUGACGACCACGAUCGACAGUGGUGUACAACUUAAAACCAUUGAAUUAUCGAUUAAUCGCUUUGAGUAUCCAUCGUUGCAAGUUGGCGGGCCAUUGCUGGAGUCCUUGCUAUUAGCCAUAGAUUUUCCACCCUAUAAGGCGCCUGAGUCUCUGCUGCCAUUCAUUGUGAGAAGGAAACACCAACUAGCAGAGGCACAGUUCUUAUGUGAUGCUCGGGCAUAUACUGAGAAUCGAAUUCUGGAACUGCAUGGCGGAAAGACAUUUACAGACGAUUCAGUUGAAGAGGUGAUCAGCAGAGUGAGUUGCUAUGACGACGGGCAGCUGCAGACAACGCUGCCAGCGAUCCAGGACACCCUGCUAAGGGUUGCAAGAGCCCUUGCCUCGUGUCAGACCCUGUCCACGCUGGUCGACGAAUGGAAACAGCAGCCUGCGCAGUAUGUCGUGCCGUGGGUGACAGUUGAUGGUAGAAAUCUUCAGCAGUGGAAGGACACGUGGUCAGUACAGGCAUCAAGGCACGUGUCAUAGAGGAUUCCACCUUAGGUGCACACAGGAGAAAUACCUGGGAGAGGUCUUUUGCACUCAAAUGCGGUCGAAAUGAGGAAUAUUUCUGUAAAUUCCAUGUAUUUCUAGUAUCCAGUAAGUUCUUAGUUUCAUAGCUAAUUAUUCAUCUUGUAGCAAACUGGUUAACGAUUUUUUAUGAUUUAUAAUGUGCCUAAUAUAAGACAAUUCUCUGCUGAUUAAGCUAUAGUUGAGUAAGUAAUGUGUAGGAGUGCAUAUUAGUUCUAUUGGAGGAACAAUAAAAGUUCAAACCAGGACACUACACGUUGAUAUAUGUGUGAUGGUGGUUACAUGCAGGUAUAUGUUAAGAGUAAGGUAUAUAGCUCAUGCACAUACAAAGUUAAAUAUUGUGUAAUGAGUUUUUCUUGUGUUUUUCUACAAAAUCAUGACUAGCUUAAUUGUUGUUAAAUACUUUAUUGGAUGAAAAGAAGUUUGUUGCCACAAAAACUCUGGUGUUCAUUGUCUCAUUCUGGUUUCGUUACAGUG